ACAAUGAGCGCGUUCUUAGAUUAUUCGGUGAUGAGCGGUGGAGACGUUGGUGGCGGAGGCUCGUGCUCGGUAAGAGCGUUCCAUGCCGAUCAUGGGAUUACAACUUUCCAAUCUUGCGCUGUCACCGUAAAUAACUGUGCGGAAGACCGGUUUAUGGCCAGCAGAGGUUCACCGGACAGCGUCUCCCCACAUCCCCAUCAGACAACGUCAUAUCAGUCCCCCGGGGCGCUAGGAAUCGCCUAUGGCACCCACCCGAGUUACGGAACGCAAAGUUUCUGCACCGGCUACAGUCAUUACUCUCUAAACCAGGAAGUGGAUUCGUCCGGCGGAUUCACACAGUGUGGCCCGUUAGUUUAUUCCGGCAACAUUCCCUCAUCAAUGGUGCAGCAUCACCAUCACCGUCAAGGGUACAGUGGUGCCAGCGCACACCUGCACGGCCAACUCCAGUAUACACCAACGACAUACGGUCAUGGUCACGAGCAGCCAACCGUAACAUUUGUGACCGGCUGCUCGUCUCCCCUACACGCUGCCCAUCAAGACCCGUGCUGUUCGCCACUGUCCGAGAGUGUGUCCUCUGCUCAAACAUUCGACUGGAUGAAAGUUAAACGGAACCCACCAAAAACUGGAAAAGUGGGUGAAUAUGGCUUUGGCGGACAGCCCAACACCGUACGUACGAACUUUACUACGAAACAGCUGACAGAGUUGGAGAAGGAGUUUCACUUCAACAAGUAUCUGACACGCGCCAGGCGUGUGGAAAUAGCCGCAGCCCUACAACUGAACGAGACUCAGGUGAAGAUCUGGUUCCAAAACCGUCGUAUGAAGCAAAAGAAGCGCGAGAAAGAGGGCCUGCUACCUAAAUCCCCGUCUGAGCCGGGAGAUGGUCCAGAGAAAUCUGAAGACGCGUCUGAAAAAUCGUUCUCCGCUCCCUCUACGCCGUCUCCUUGUUCUUCAGCGGCUGACCCUUACUCCUCAAGUUAA